ACUAUAUCAAUUAAGAAGCUCGCUAUGUGUUUCGACCUUGUUAUCCCUGGUUUCACAGUUGAAGUUUUUUGCAGAUGUGUUCACUUUCUACAUGUAAGUAGGCCAUGCUCAUUCAGUAACUUCUCAGCAAAAUUCUUGUACUUGAUAAUAAAAAGUCAAUGUGAUACUUUUUUCUUUCUUUCUGAGUGUUGCUUUAAUUUCCAGCAAUGCGCUGGAUCAAAUAUACUAUCUUUUUUUUUUUUCCCUGCUGAUUGGUGUAUCACAACUCUUGCAAUGACAUGCUUGCAGAAAAUCUAUCACCCAGAUGAUGUGCAUGAAAUGCUUGAAGAUACAACCUAUCUGUCCCAGUUGCUCAACUCUCUCUUGCCACAGUUUCUCCAUGGCUAAAUACUAUUGCAGAAUCUGCAAAGUGUUUGACGACGACAGACAGAUAUACCACUGUCCUUUCUGCAAUUUGUGCCGAUUGGGGAAGGGAUUGGGCAUCGGAUACUUUCAUUGCAUGACCUGCAAUGCUUGCAUGUCAAAGGCUCUCUCUGUUCACACAUGUCGAGAGAAGUUCUUGGAGGAUAACUGUCCAAUCUGCCAUGAGGACAUCUUCACUUCAGCCUCUCCUGUUAAGGCACUUCCUUGUGGUCAUGUGAUGCACUCUACAUGUUUUCAGGACUACACGUACACACAUUACACAUGCCCAAUCUGUGGCAAGACGCUUGGGGACGUGAAGGUCAGCAAACUAUUCAAUGUGAAAGCUCAUUAAACCGUUUGGUGGUUA